AUGACCCUCACCAUCUCGGAUCCUAAGGAGACUGCCCCAACAGACUCCAAUGAGGGACCCAUAAGAGCUAUUCUGGAGGAUAUGGAGGCGAAGAAGCGGACGGAGAAGUCUGAAGAAAAGGAGAAGAGAAAAUUGGAAGAGAAACGGGCCGAGGAAGAUGAAGUUGCCCGACUGGAGAUAAAGAAGAAAGAAAAAAAGAGAAGCAAAAGAAAGCAACGAAGGCGAGAAGAGAAACGCCUAAGGAAAAAGGAAGAAAGGAGGAAAAGGGCAGAAAGUAUGGAUGUCGACGGAGAAUCAACCACCGCAAGGGUGGAAGUAGGGGUGUCAACGCAAGUUAAUCCAUCAACGCAACAACAAGCUUCAUGGCUGCAAUCUAGACUAGUUACGUCAGACGAUAAGGAAGAUCCUGACAUCUCCUAUUUAAUACGGCGUCGUAAGGAGAAUGCGCCGCAAGGGUCCACAAGAGACCCAACAAUUUAUCAACGCAUAGAGAAGAAGAAGGAAAAAAAGAAAUGA